AUGGACAAGAAGCCCUCGAAUACAUCUACGUCUACAACCACAACAGCAGAGCACGUACAAGAAUCACCGUCACCAUCACCAACAAGAGGCACCAGUCCCCUCGACGAACACCUAUCAAUCAGCUUCGACCUUGACCGAGGAAGAAGCCCUGCACAUCCCACUACUUCUCCAUACACCUCCGCAAGAGACGAGCAAGAGCAAGACAUCUCACGCAACAGCCCCGAGAAGCCCUCCAAAGACAAAGGCAAAGACCCAGACCCAGACCCAGACCCAGAGAAAGAGAUGAGUUAUUACCACCGUUCUUCGUCGAGCACGACCUCGUCGCCUGGAGGAAAUCAACGGCCCGGACCAGACAUGUUCAUGUCGAGAACGAGUCCCUCCAGUUCAGCGAGUACGCCGCGGCAAGGCUCCGAGGAGGCAAAGGGCGAGGAGAAGAGGAAGGAUCGGGUUUCGAGUUCCGGUGGGAGUGGUACUGGCGGUGGGAGUGGAAGCGGUAGCGGAGGCGGCGGCAACAAUAGUGGCGGCAGUGCGGGUGGCAGUGGUAGUGGUAGUGGGAGCGCGAGCGGGAGUGGGAGUGGAAGUGGAAGCAGUCGAUCCAGGCUGGUUGCGGGCGUCUUUGUGAGAUAUUGA